AUGGCGGCGCUGCCGCUGCCGCCGGGGCUGCGCCUGCGGCUCCGUGAGGGGAUCGCGCAGGACCCCGCCCGGGAGCUCCUCCGGGAGCCCCCUCAGCUCCCCGCUCAGCCCCUGCCGCCCUUCACCUUCUCCCCCCGCCGCCUCCGCCUCGGCCCGCAGCACCCGCUGCUGGAGGACGGGGACGUGCACAGGCACCUCUACCUGCAGGGCGUCCUCACCAGCCUCGAGGAGGUGGCCGAGAGACCCAAGGUGUCCGAGUUCAGCUGCCACAUCUCCGGGUGCUGCCAGGUGUUUGACACGCUGGAGGGCUACGAGCACCACUACAACACCCUGCACAGGAACGUCUGCUCCUUCUGCAAGCGCUCCUUUCCCUCAGGGAACCUCCUGGAUAUCCACAUCUUGGAGUGGCACGACUCGCUCUUCCAGAUCAUGGCCGAGAAGCAGAACAUGUACAAGUGUUUGGUGGAAGGCUGCCCGGAGAAGUUCAAGAGCAGCAAGGACAGAAAGGAUCACUUGGUGACUGUGCACCUUUACCCUGCUGACUUUCGGUUUGAUAGACCCAAGAAAGUGAAAAGUGUCCCCAAGCACACGAGCUGUCCCGCGGAGCAGGGCCCCAGCGUGCCCAUGGAGGUGAGCGUGGAGACGGCGGAGCAAUUCCAGCUGGACCCCAUGGAAACAGGGCCUGCUGAGGACAUGGAGAUCCCUCAGCCUGCAGCCAGCCCUGGCCCCUCGCUGCCAGAGAAACGGCUCUACAGAUCCAGGAUCCCAUCCACAAUUUGCUUUGGACAAGGUGCCACCCGAGGAUUUAAAGGACCAAGGAAGAAAGUCUGAAGGUCAGUGCAGCAGAUUUGUGCAGGGUGAGCAGAUGUGGGGCCGGUGCCGCCCACGCCGUGGCCGAGCAGGGAUAUUUCCAGUUCCCACUCCACACUGGGAAUAAGCCACCCAAACCAAUUAAAGCUCCACCAGCAUUUGAACAUGGGUUCGUGAUGUCAGAUGGAAUUGGGCCAACCUGACUGAGUUCAAGAUUUUAGAAAGGGGAACUCAAAAUGUGUGGCGAGGUGUUAAGGAAACUGUCCUGCAGCUGAGACUGCACAGGAUUGGGUGUUUUAUUUUUUUGCCUUUUGGAGGAAAAAACCAGAUUCAAGAAAUUCCAAGACAAAAUCUGCUGACUGCAUGGAAGCUGUGAAAAAAGAAAACAGGGCAAAAAAGGUGUUGGUCCUUAAUUCUGACCUUCUCCAUCUUGCUGAAGUCUCCUCUGCACCCUGGAUCUCGCUGUGGAACCCACAAGAAAGGUCUGUCUGGCCCAGGAGAAACAUUUCCACGGGGAGUUAAAAUAAAGUGACUUCAGCCAGGUGAAUAAAUAAAAGGAAUUUUUAUAAAA